CCUGCUGCCUCUGACUUAGGUUUCCUCUUCUCACUUCUCUCAUUGGCUGAUCGAUCUUUUUCCUAAACCCUUUCUUGUUUUUUGUAGUAUUUCUGCCUCCAUUUCUCUGCAGAAUCAUUUGGCUUAAUAAUUACUAGAUUGAUCCAUUUUGGCAAGAAAGGCAAGCAGAAGAAUGAAUUGAACUUCAAGAGGAUUACUUAAGAAUUGGUUGCAGUGAUAUAACAGAGUAAUAACUGCUCCAAGAGCCGACCAUCCAGCAGGAGAAGGAAAAAGAAAGAAAUCACUCACAUCUCAUUGCCUCUCUUUCUCACCUUCUCUGCUGACCUUUGCCCUGGAUGGAUGGACAUCAUGGUGGAUUACUACAAAAUCUUGGAUGUUCCACAAAGUGCUUCCAUGAAUGAUAUUAAAAAAGCGUACAGGAGUAAAGUGCUCAGAUGGCACCCAGAUAAAAAUCCAGAAAACAGGAAGGAAGCAGAACAGAAGUUCAAGGAGAUUGUGGAAGCCUAUAAAGUCCUUUCAGAUGAAACUACACGUGGCCAUUAUGAUGGAAGCAACAGGGACACUUUCAAAGGGACAAAGAGAUCUGAAGCUGAGAAGCAUCUGUCAGUGUUUGAUCAGGAUGGCAUCAAAAUAUUCUUCACAGGGAAACGUUCCUCUUCAGAUUUUUCGGUGUCCUUCUUCAGUGCUCCUAAAAGAUUCCAUCACUUUUCCAUCAUGAGUGCCUUCAUCAAUGGUAAAAAAAUCACAACCAAAAGACAUCUUGAGAAUGAAAGCAAAUAUCUGGAAGUUGAAGAGGACGGGAAGACGGUAUCUAUCCAUGUUAAUGGCAUACCUGUUUAUGACAGAGAAAGCAAUGGACCAGCAGGAAGUGAAUGGGACUACAGACUGGAUAAGGGGCACUGCUGUCCAGAUAAAUUGCAUUUUUGGACAUGUGAAAGACGUCGGUGGGCAGACGGAUGGCGACAAUGGGCAAACAAAUGGCGAGACUGGGCAGAAGAGUGUCGUGACUGGGCUGAAGGAAGGCAUCACCAAGAAGGCAAGGUUUUUUCUAAAGCUUAUGCCAGGCAUGGCAAGACAGAUGCAUCCAAGGUGAGUGAGGAGCACCUUAAGUCAGAGACAGCUUGCCCCAAGUCUGGAGGAAGGUUUCCUGGAUUUUCCAUGUCAGGAGAAGGGAAAUGUGAUCUCAAGGAGGGCCAUUCAAGGACAAACAAGGGACAAUCACAGCCAGGAGAGGAAUUUUCCAAAACAGAUAAAGGAUAUUUUGUGUUUGCCAAGCCAGGUGAGAAGAACAGUGGGAUGGAUGAAGGGCAUCUCAAGAAAAACAAGAAAGCAUACAAAGCAGAAGAGGGGCAUCCCUUGCCAGAAAAGAGUAACCAUGGAUUUGUCAGGACAGGUGAAUGGAAUAGUGAUCAAGGUGAAGGACAUACCAAAAUAAAAAAAGGACCACCAAAGACAGAGGAGGGGCAUUGCAGGCUGGAUGGGUUACAAAAGCCAGAGCACAAAAAGACAGACCCGAGGUGUAAAGCAUUUCCUACAAAACACAAGAUUCUUUCUGAACACAGCUCUCCAGGUGGGAACAGAGAACCUCAUGUCGAGAAACAAGAUCGACAGGCUAAUGAAACCAACACACACGUUGCAAAAAAUGAAAAAACCCUUGGAAAGAAAGAGUUGAAGGAUGAGAAACUGGAGGAUAACAGUCAAAAAUGUGGAUCUGCUUUGGAGUCUCAACCAGAGAAGGGAAUGGAAUUGAAUGGUAUGAGGAAUAAGUUUUCUGAGGAUGUUGUGCUAGAUUCUGAAGCAGAUUUGAUUUGCUGUAGUCCCAAAGGGAGGAAGGAGAACCAAAUUCGGACAAGAAAGCUAUAUUCCAAAAGGAGCAAGUCCCAGGCUGGGAGAAACUGGUCGUACAGCAGCAGAACCAAAUCCAGGGGAAGGAAAGGGAGGCUGCGUGAAGUUCACAGUAAAGGAGAGACCGAAGUUAAUGACUUAUCAGACAGAGGCAAAGAGCUUAUUCUCGGUGGGCAGAGAACACCUGCAGAUCUCAAGGGUGUUUUGCAAAACAGGGACAAAGAAUCUCUUCUAUCCUUCCAAGAAGAUGACAUUCCUCUCCAGACAAAAAAGAGGCUGCUUAAGAGAAGGGCACAACGCAUCCUGGCUGAUGCGCAGAGUGAGAAACAUCCCUCUGUCUCUGAAAAUAGGCAGCGCCUGGGCAUAAAUGGUCAACGGCAAAAGAGACUAAUAAAACUGCCCCAGCCCAACGCACAGCUUCCGAGCAUUCAAGGCCAGAAACUUGGGAUGAAUCAGCUCCCAAAUGUAACUCGUUGAUGUGGGUAUGACAAGAAAGGUAGCUGUCACAUAAACAAGUGGAAUGUCUUGUGCACAGGUUGCAAUCACUCCUGUUUCUGCAUUCACACCCUGAGGUGAAGAAGGACCCCAUGUUUUCUGGGUUCAGAUAGAAAGGAGAGUUCCAAGAGGCCAUGGUCAGUGGGGGAGUUAUUUUCUCAAUAAAAACAGUUGUG